CUGAACAGUCGCGAAUGGAUGAUACUAAUGCCGAAAGGGCAACGUGUAUUAAACACCGUUUGCCUUUGGCAGCACCACCGGAGCGUACAAAAUACGCUUAUUCAUGUCAUAAUUCUGCCAGCACUAGUGAUACUGCAAUCGACUUCCAUAAUAAACGAAAUGGUACUAACAUGGAAGUUCAAACUGACGAUGUUAUAAUAAUAAACGAAAGUUAUAAAAAGUUAAUUGAUUAUAUAACAUCGAAAAAUAUUACCUUGGAGCAGUUGCAGGCCGCCUUUGCGGAAAUGGAAAGGAACAAUGAGGCAACUAACGCAGACGCUACUCCAAAUAUUGAUAUGAAAGGAAUGAUGCGGGAACAAUUUAUGCAGGUUGUUGAGGCAUGUAGCCUAUAUAAUAAAGAGAUAAUUGCCUAUAAUACUAAAGUUGUUCUAAACGUGUCCCAGUCCGCACUCAAAGCUGAACGAUCCAAAAUAGCGUAUUUGAGAUGCAUGUUUGAGAAAAUAUUUGGUUCAGUGUUCCAAGACUUGUCUAGAUCACUGAAAUUAGACGAAAAUAGUCUUACUCCAGAAGUAUCAGAAACCAGCCCCAGGAAUGUUAAUGUUCGCAAACGCAGAAGUUCUGUGCCUGCCGUUCCUCUACACGAUGACACGGAUAGCGGGGAUAUGGCAAAUGCAACAGAUUCUCAAAGUGGUCCGGUGGUGAAGAAGCCAACAUUACGUGCACAACGCAUAAGUCCGAGAGCAUCAUCCGCGACCCUGGUAACUUACAACAACGAACCCCAUUAUACACAAACAACUAAAGUCGUACAGUUAGAGACAAGCUACUCCAAUUCACACCCUUCACAGCAUAUGGAGUACAUAAACCAUCAAAAUCCGUGCCCUCAACCAUAUCACGUGCAAGGUGAAAUUCCAGUGGAAACUCCAAUGCCAUAUUACAACGCAGGUGCAAGAAUGAUGAUGCAACCGUAUCCGCAGGUGCAGUUCAUGCGUGAACCACCGCUCCAUUGCCAAUAUCAUGAUAAUGUAGGAAAUUCUUGGAACUACCCCCGUAACGGUCCAGAAGUUAGACAGAAUGUUCAAGUUCCUUAUGUGAAUGGCGUGCCGCUGUCCGUUCAGGUUAUGCCUCCAACUGACCAACAGAGCUACCUCCGCAUGCAGGUACAAAGGAAUAAUAUGCGCAUGCCUAACUACACGGGCCCUCGGAAUCAAAAUGUUGGGCCAAACAGCCACAACAUUAUGUAAACUAGCAGUUAGUUUUCGUCUUCUAACAUUAGAGUGUAGAUGAUAAGCGCAGGACUUCAGUGUGAUAUUGAGUAGAUUUAUCUAGAAACUUCGAACAUCGAAGUGUUUCUCAGAUAAUAGUAUGCUUUGUAGUGCAACAUAUGGAAAUAAUUAAAUUUAGGAAAUAUGAUUAUUCUGGUAAAUAAAGGGGCUUUUGAGUAUUUGUUUCUGUUGGCGCCCAGCGUGGGAC